CCCCUAGCCGCUGGCAUCCCCUGGCCCAGGUUGAAAGUGGCCGGCGGCGCGGCGGUCAGCUAAGCUUGGGGCUAUGGGGCUGGGGGGCAGCGCCGCCGCGCCUCUCGCCUCCCUCGGGCUCUGAAGCGCCUCCGCGGGAGGAGAUGGGGGCCGCAGUUAGCGGAGGCUGAGGCUUGCCGGUGCGAGGGUCUGGGGAUGCGGCUCCAGCUGUUGCUGCUGCGGCGGCGGGGCUGCGGCUCCUGAGCGCCCCGGGGCCCCUGGGCUCGACUCCAGCCGCCUGGCCAUGCCGCUUCCACCACUGCUCUGGCUACUGGGCUGCGGCCUCCUGGCCUCCGCCGUCCUGGCCAGCUACUCGGAGGAUCAGUGCAGCUGGAGAGGGAGUGGCUUGUCCCAGGAGACGAACAGCGUGGAGCAGCUAUCCCUGCAUUGCGCCGAGGGCUCCCUGGAGUGGCUGUACCCAGCAGGUGCUCUUCGCCUUACUCUCUCUCCCAGGCUGCCCCCAGGCAGUGCUGGAGCUGGCCAGAGUCCCAGGCAUAUCACAGCCUGUAUCAAGUCCUCUGGCCCCUUCCGGGGGGCCCAAGUCUACGUGGAGAGAGAUGGACUCCUGGAGUUGCUGUUGGCUGAGGCCCAGGGGCCACCUAGGGGCCGGUGUGUCAGCUGGCAGCCACAGGAGAGAGUGGCACUGUUCGUUCAGUCUACCCCACAUCGGGACAUCAGUCGCCGGGUAGCAGCCUUCCGCUAUGAACUUCGAGGGGACUGGCACCUGCACCUUCCCCUGUUCACCCACAACCUUAGCAUGGAAGGGACCUGCCGCCCAUGCAGUGACGCUGAGGUUCUCAUGGCUGUGUGCACUAGCGAUUUUGUGGUUCGAGGGACUAUCUGCGGAGUUACUCACGACCAGGAGCUACAGGAGUCAGUGAUCAGUGUUAGCACUCCUCGAAUCCAUCGUCAGAAGUUCCCGUUAUUCCAGCCAGCUGAGUCCUCCAGCCAAGUGUCCGGUACCAUCCGCACCCCUUUGCGCUGUGGUGUCAGGCCUGGCCCUGGCGUCUUCCUCUUCACUGGUUGGAGCCACUUUGGGGAGGCCUGGCUGGGCUGCGCUCCCCGAUACCAGGAUUUCCGACGCAUGUAUGAGGCAGCCCAGGCUGCUCACCAUAAUCCUUGUGAGAUGGCCCUGGAUUAAGGCUCUCUGAGGUUGGGGAAAAGGCAAGAAAGGACCCCACUUAUCCUCUGAUCACUCACUGCUAAGAAGCUAUCAGUACCCAAGACUGUUGCUUCCUUGAGCCAUCUGUCCAGAGGUGCUGUAAGAAAAAAGAAUUGCUUUGAUCCUAGCUUUUGUUUUAGGAUUCAGCAAGGCCUAACAGCCUGCACAUUCCAAUGCAUCCUGGUGUUUCAAGCUCAGAGUGAAUGAUGCCAGUCUUGGGAGAUGUCAAGUGAGCACACUCUGGGUGAUUAAUUUGGGGGGUGGGGUUAGCCUUGGGUAGGAAAAAUAAGUCUUUUCCUUGAGAGAUAAGGGAUAACCCCUUGUGUAGAUCUCCCCCACCACCACCAAGGGGACUACCCCAGUGGGUAGGUGCCACCUAUCCUGCAGAUCUUGCAAGAUCAGAGAGGUCUUAGAAGGGAAAGCUGAACUGGCCCGUCACCCUAACUUCCCCUUUCCAGGUAGACACUGCUGCUAGAGCCCGGGAUACCCCAGCUUGGUGGAUAUCUCACCUUGGAAAUGACUUAAUGGAUUGGGUUAGGAAGGGCAGGGAUGGGAGGCAGAAAGGUGGAGAAGAGGCCUUGGGUGCACUGCAGUUAUCCUGAUACCAAAUGUAUGUGCUGACAGUGGUAUUUUGGGAGAACUAAACUCUGCCAAGUGUGCCUGGCUUAGUGGUUUCUUCCUGCUUUCAUCGGAGGGUGGGGUGCUUGGCUGGUGAAAGCACUCGGGUUGGGAUAAGGUAGGGUAAAGGCCAGGCACUGACAUCCUGGCUAUCUUCCUCCUCUUCCAAAGGCCCCUUCUCUAGCUGGGUUCUCCAGCCUGCACAGCCUAUUUGCUGGGGCUUAUUAGGCAAAAUGCCUUUGGGAAAGGAACUGAAUUCAGUGGGGGUGGGGUAGGUUAGGGUGUGAAAUGACUUGAAGAGAGUCAGAUCCCCUUUUCUUUGGUACCUUAUUUAUUGUUAUGUGUCCCUUUCCACACACCUCAUCUCCCCCGCUUUCCAAGCCCAUUGUGGCCCUCGCUCACAGCCUUGUACAUGUUGUUUCUAUUAACCUUUAGCCCUGUAUUUUAGGUGUCCGACAGUACAUGUAUUAUACCGGCCAUCCCAGGACACAGGCACUCUCUCAAACACAGGUUCUCACACCCACCCACAUGCUCCUUUCGAAUUCUUUCUCUCUCUCUCACAUGUGCACACACACACACACACAUUUUCCCUCUUUAUCUUCCACUAAAGUUGCCUCAGUUCUCUCAACUCCUGCAUUUUAUAGCCGCCCACGAUGGGAGCUGAUAAAUGGGUUAAAAACUCCCACUUCCUGACACACACGGGAGGAACAUCUUUCCCCAGCCACUCUUCUUCAUCUCUGAGAACUGAAGCUGGAAGGAUGGAGAGAUUCCUGGAGGCUGAGCUCACACUGGCCACCAUCCAGGAAGGCAACUGAGGGGAUAAGGAGAGGAAGAUGCUCUCUCCCUCUCUCUCUCCCUUUCCCUCUCUCUCUCCAUCAACCUCUCUCUGCCUCUCAGUGCCUCUGUCUCUGUCUCUCUGUCGCUAUCUCUCUCCAUCAAUCUCUCUCUACCUCUCAGUGCCUCUCUGUCUCUGUCUGUCUCUGUCUCUGUCUCUCUCCCUCUCCUCUCUCUCUCUCUCUCUCAGAGCUCACAUCUCAGACAGACCAAGCAGACAAACUCAAGUUUCCAGAGUUCUAGGUGGUUGGGUUAAUCCAAAGUGAGUAAGAAUGCAAAGAGGGAAGGGUAGCAGAAAGCAGUGAAUGUUCCCUAGAAAGAGGUGGAUCCAAAAGCCUGUUUCCUUGAGAUUUAGAGCAUCUUGUAAAUCAUGUACUAGCCUGAAAUUCAGAACUCCUGGAGUUUGUUGAAUUUUGUCUCAGCUUUGACUUUGAAUGGCUGGUAAAAAGUCACUUCCCCCUUUUAGUGCCCUAGUCACCCUGUCUGUAAAAUGGGGAGAGUCGUCUUUGGCUCUGGCCCACCUUCCUGGGGAUGAAUGAGAGGAUGUCUGUGAUGUGCUGGGAGCUCCUCUGAGGUGGUGGACGUGAGAUGAAUUCUCAGUACCAUAGGAAUUCUGUCUUGAUACUUGCUAGAGAGGAGAAAGGGGGUUUCCAAGAGAGAAUAGGAGAGUAAGGCCUGGGUAGGGAAAGGGGAGUACUCUAAAUCUGGAGGACAGUGUCAGGAUGUCUUGUGGAUUGAGGAGAGAGGGAGAGGGAGCAAGAGGGAACCCCAUCCCUGGCCCAAGCUUGGCCUGUGAGGCAAGGGCUCUCGCCCUACUUUCUGCAGUCCAGCACAUUCCAGGGAAGAAUGUGCCACUUGUUGCUGAAUUUCCUUGCAGGGGCCGGGGAAGCUGUUUCACCCAGCUGGGCUAAGGGCUCAGGGCUCUCCUCACCGCCCCCCCCCCUGCCAGCCCCGGAGGGGGAGCCACACAAUGGGGUCUCUAAGGAGAUGUUUCCCGCCACUUCCCCCCAUUGUCGCCCUUUCUCUCCCUCCCCCAUUCCUUCCUCCUUGCUCUUUCAGGCAGAUAAAGGGCUGAAUUGGUGAAUUGGUGGGUUACAAAGAAGAGGCGGCACAAAGCCUGAAAGAGGCAGAGGACUGUGGCUGCUUCCCCUGUCUCUUCUCCCCCCCCCCAAACUAUGAAGCCAAAGCCAGGAAGAAGGAUGACCCCAGAGUCCCUCUGGUGGCAAAGCUGACUUCCUCCCAGUCCCCUGUGACAGGGGCAGAAACACCCCACCCCCACCCCUCACCCCACCGUCCUAAAGAGCUUGAGUGAAGAGAGUGCCUCUUGGAAAAAAAACAAAAACAAAAACAAAACAGCAGCUGGAGUUAUUUGGAGAAAAUGCCAGGAUCAUAUAUCAUAUCAAGGUUUCCCUCAUCCCCUUCCGAGGCCCCAAGGUACUCUGUUGGCAGAGAGAGAUCAUUGGUACCAGCACAGGGGAUUAAGGACAAAUUAGGGGGGGAAGCUGAGAAAACCAAGAUGAGUUUUUGGGAAGCAGUUGGGGAGGACUGGGAUGGGGACGGGGACAGUAAGAGAGGCUAUGCCCAGGGCUUCCCCCUCCUAUCACUAUUACUAGAGAGGCAAUAUGGUGUAGAGGAGGGGAACUAGGCCUCACAGUGAGCAUGACCUGGGUUCAAGUUUCACCUCUGAAACAUCCUGGUAAAAGCAGUUCCCUGACCAGGGAGCUGCCUCUAGUGGUGUUCUUGCUGUUCCUAGACCUUAGGGUCUAGAAGACUGACUGAGGUGGUCCCUCAGGGCUAGCAUGCAGAGCAGCCCAGCUAAAAAUUACAGAACAGGCAACUGUGUUCUAAAGCAGCAGCAGCCAGAAGCCCGUCUCCAAGCCUUUGGCCCAGAGAAAAGAGCAUCUUCCCUAAAGGUCACUGGUUCCAGAGAGGCCAUUCAGGACCAGACUCUGGCCCAACUUGUCCUAUGGAGUUUCAUCCCAAGUGUCUGAAACCAUUUGUGUCCUGGUAACCAGUGGUCCUUAGUCCUUUCAAGAGAGAGCAGUCAACAAGUAUUGAGGAAAGACUUGAUAAUUUAAGUGAGGGCUAGGGGGUUCUGUGGCUAGGGCUGACUGAGCCUGAAAGCUUGAGGCUGGAGUUAAAGCCUAGAAUCUGUUCUCAUCUAGCUGUGACCUGAGCUGGGUCACCUUGGGCAAGUCACUUCCAACUCCAGUCUUCAGAUUCCUGAUUUGUAAAAUUAGGGGCUUAAACUAGUUGAUUUACAAAGUCUCUUCCUAUCUCUGAAUUAACUAUCCCAAUAGUGAACCCUGAUUCCACUGUUUCACCUUCUACCCAAGCCCAUAGGUGGAGUCAGGAAAACCAGAGUCUGAAUCCUGCCUCGGGCUCUAUGGCCCUAGGGCAGUCA